AUGAGCCAAAGUGGAGGAGAGCUAGGAUCAGAAGAGAUGGGAAGUUCUUAUGAGGUUGCAAGAAAUGCUAAGGAUGUUUCACUUCAAGAACUCAGACAUAGGCUUGCUGAGUUUGCUCAAGUAAGAGGAUGGGAUCAAUACCACAGUCCAAGGAACCUCCUUCUAGCCCUGGUGGGAGAGGUUGGAGAAUUGUCUGAAAUUUUCCAAUGGAAGGGAGAAGUUGCAAGAGGACUGCCUAAUUGGACUUGUGAUGAGAAAGAGCAUUUGGAAGAGGAGCUCUCUGAUGUCUUGCUUUAUCUGAUUCAACUUGCUGAUGUUUGUGGACUUGAUCUUGGACAAGCUGCACUCUCCAAAAUUGUCAAGAAUGCUAGGAAAUACCCUGUUACCAAUCAAACACCAAAUUCCACCAACUAG